AUGGGGUCCCAGGUCUCAGCCGACGUGGGACCAGUGCAUGUGGUGAUCGUAGGCGGGGGCUUUGGUGGAAUGGCGGCUGCCAGUCAGCUGCAAGCACUGAACAUCCCCUUCACGCUGGUGGACAUGAAGGAUGCCUUCCACCACAACGUGGCAGCCCUCCGGGCCUCUGUGGAGAGUGGGUUUGCCAAAAAGACAUUCAUUUCCUACUCGGUGACCUUCAAGGACAACUUCCGGCAGGGUGUGGUGGUUGGGAUAGAUGUGAAGAAUCAGACCGUGCAGCUGCAGGGUGGUGAGGCACUGCCCUUCUCCCAUCUUAUCCUGGCCACAGGCAGCACCGGGCCCUUCCCCGGCAAGUUUAACCAGGUUUCCAGCCAGCAGGCCGCCAUCCAGGCCUAUGAGGACCUGGUGAGGCAGGUCCAGAGCUCACAGUUCAUCGUGGUGGUGGGAGGAGGCUCUGCAGGAGUGGAGAUGGCAGCCGAGAUUAAAACAGAAUACCCUGAGAAAGAGGUUACUCUUAUUCACUCCAAAGUCCCCCUGGCUGACCAGGAGCUCCUGCCGUGUGUCCGGCAAGAGGUGAAGGAGAUCCUUCUCCGGAAAGGCGUGCAGCUACUUCUGAGUGAGAGGGUGAGCAACUUGGAGGACCUGCCUCUCAAUGAAUACCGAGAGUACAUCAAAGUGCAGACCGACAAAGGCACAGAGGUGGCCACCAACCUGGUGAUAGUCUGCAAUGGCAUCAAGAUCAACAGUUCGGCCUACUGCAGUGCAUUUGAGAGCAGGCUUGCCAGCAACAGUGCUCUUCGAGUUAACGAGUACCUCCAGGUGGAAGGUUACAGCAACAUCUAUGCCAUUGGCGAUUGUGCUGACGUGAAGGAGCCCAAGAUGGCCUAUCACGCCGGCCUCCACGCCAACAUCGUCACAACCAACAUUGUCAACUCCAUGAAACAGAGGCCCCUCAAGGCCUACAAACCCGGUGCUCUGACAUUCCUCCUGGCCAUGGGAAGGAAUGACGGUGUGGGUCAGAUCAGCGGCUUCUAUGUGGGGCGGCUCAUGGUUCGGCUGGCCAAGAGCCGGGACCUGUUUGUCUCCACGAGCUGGAAAACCAUGCGGCAGUCUCCACCCUGA